AUGGCCAAGGAGUCGCUCGACUCCGACCGGGUCAACUACAUGAUCUGGAGAUACCUAAUAGAUUCAGGUUAUCAAGAGACCGCCGUUCGACUCCAGAAGGAGUGGAACACCCAGCACCCGCCGCAGCUCUCCUGUGCGCCGCAUCUCCCGGACCAUGCACUCGUGACGCUCCUGAACAGAGGCCUGCUCUACAGCGUGAUCGAUAGAGAAGAUGCGCAGCUGGAUUCCGAGCAGGUUGAGGCGGUGACGGGGUUUUUUGGUCCCUUGACGCCAAUGUCAACAGCGUCGGCGCCGGGUGACGACGAGGAUUUCCAGAACGCCCAGAAACGCCAGAUGGACCACGAACACCCCCCGAUGGACAAUGGCCCAGCAGCCAAACGCGCCCGGCUCAGCAACGGCUACGACAACGGGUUCGAGCCGACGCCGAUGGACCUCGACGACGAGCAGCACCCGCACCCGAACCAGAACCAGAACCAGAACCAGAACGGCGACGAGAACGCAUAUCCAUCUCCCGAGCAGGCGCCGUCGCCCAUCGUGGCCACCGUUGGGCCGGAGCAGGGCAUCCAAGUCGACAAGGUCGCAGAGCUGUCCACCGAAACGACUUUCCUCGAGCUGGCCGACGACCAAUCCGCGCGCACCGCGGUGCUGCUGCAGUGCGAGUGGAACCCGCGAGAUCCAACCAUCUUGGCGGCUGCGGGUACCGAUGCGCUAGCCCGCAUGUGGACCAUCCCGGCUACCGCGGCCGACGUGGACCCGGAGACGGAGACAGGCGCAGACGCAGACGCAGACGCAGAGGCGCAACGAAAGCCCGUCUUCCAGCCUCACGUGAACCUGCUGCCCGCCAGCGCGCCCCCCACCACCACCGUCACGGGCCUGGCAUGGUCGUCCGAUGGAGCGUCGCUCGCCGUGUCCAGCGAGCCUCUCGAUGAUGGCACCGCGAAGAUUGACUACUGGACCGUCGCCGGCACCCCGUCGGCCUCCUUUAACAGCUUCGAAUCGCCCGUGAUAUGCCUCCGUUGGAACCCGUCAAAUACCGCCUGUCUCUCGUUGUCUCCGGAGGAUGGAGGGCGCGGUACAGUGGUCACCAUUAUGUAUCCCUCGACCGAGCUCUCUUACGAACAUGUGUUGCCCCGUCAUUCUCUGCACGAACAACUGCUGGAUGUGGCUUGGACGGCCAACGACGAGUUUAUCCUUUGCGGCGGUGAUCUCCUCCAGGGUUUCCACUGCGUCGAUGGUGGCAUAUCCCCUACGAGAAAAUACGAGACCCGUGAGGGCCACUUGCUCUCCAAAGUCAGUUUUGACUGGCGCUCCCAGCUGCUGGCCACUGCUGGUGACACCGGCACGAUCGAUAUAUGGGAUCACAUGGGCCAAUGCCACUCAUUCAACGCCCAUCAGGGUGUGAUCACUUCAUUGAUCUGGCAACCCCUGCCCUUCCCCGUUUCCCUCGGAGACGACAGUGAGCGCUUGCUAGCAUCUGCUGGUGAGGAUGGAGCUAUCAGUAUAUGGAAUGCUCGGUCAACAGAUAUCAAAUCUAGAUGCUCAAUGACGAUGGGCUCAUCUGUGGUCUCCCUAGCAUUUUCGCCCGAUGGUGUUUUCAUUGCCGGAGGCACGACUGAUCGUAUAUUCGUCUGGAAGGUUGACGACCCUGCACUCCCACGAGCAACUUGGGCUCGUAGUGAUCAGCUAGGCUGGCGCACACCAAUGUCACAGGACUCAGCUGCGGAUGAAAAUCAAUACUCGCUCUCCUGGGACGCGCAUGGUCAGAAGCUUGCCUACGGUGUCGGAACCUCGUUGGCUGUGAUAAACUUUCGCCGGUGA